GGUUUUGCUUGUAUCUCCUCCUUUCUCAAUUCCCUCCGGAAGCUGUGAAUUCAUCAAUUAAUUCCAUUCUCAAAACCAAUUCUUGGUCACACCCUUAAGAGAUCUGAGUUCUAAAGAUGAUGACAGAUUUAUCUCUCACAAGAGAUGAAGAUGAAGAAGAAGAAGCAAAGCCCUUAGAAGAAGAAGGAGCAGGAACAAGACAAGUAGCAGAGAGAGAGCACAUGUUCGACAAAGUUGUGACUCCAAGUGAUGUCGGAAAACUAAACCGACUUGUGAUCCCAAAGCAACACGCAGAGAGAUUCUUCCCUUUAGAUUCAUCUUCAAACGAGAAGGGUUUGCUUUUGAACUUCGAAGAUCUCACAGGCAAAUCAUGGAGGUUCCGUUACUCUUACUGGAACAGUAGUCAAAGCUAUGUCAUGACUAAAGGUUGGAGCAGAUUCGUUAAAGACAAAAAGCUUGACGCCGGAGAUAUUGUCUCUUUUCAAAGAUGUGUCGGAGAUUCAGGAAGAGAUAGUCGUUUGUUUAUUGAUUGGAGGAGACGACCUAAAGUCCCUGACCAUCCUCAUUUCGCCGCCGGAGCUAUGUUCCCUAGGUUUUACAGCUUUCCUUCAACGAAUUACAAUCUUUAUAAUCAGCAGCAGCAACGUCAUCAUUACGGCGGUGGUUAUAAUUAUCAUCAAAUUCCGAGAGAAUUUGGUUAUGGUUACUUCGUUAGGUCAGUGGAUCAGAGGAAUAAUCCGGCGGCUGCGGUGGCUGAUCCGUUGGUGAUCGAAUCUGUGCCGGUGAUGAUGCACGGAAGAGCUAAUCAGGAACUUGUUGGAACGGCCGGGAAGAGGUUGAGGCUUUUUGGAGUUGAUAUGGAAUGCGGCGAGAGCGGAAUGACCAACAGUACGGAGGAGGAAUCAUCAUCUUCCGGUGGGAGUUUGCCACGUGGCGGUGGUGGUGGUGGUGCUUCGUCAUCCUCUUUCUUUCAGCUGAGACUUGGGAGCAGCAGUGCCAGUGAAGAUGAUCACUUCACUAAGAAAGGAAAGUCUUCAUUGUCUUUUGAUUUGGAUCAAUAAUAAUGAUGAUGAAAUAUUAGUUGGUAUUUUAAGAAAAAACAUACAUAUAUAAUGCUAUAUAUAUGACAACAUAAUGCAUUGAUUUCAUUAUAAAUUUAUCGGAGAAAUGAUAUAUGUUCUAAUAAUAUGCAUGGUCAAUA